AUGGAACAUGUUCAGAUCAACGAAGAGCCUCCAUAUCAGGGUCGUAGCACAGAUUUGUUUCAUCGUAGUGACAAUUUGUUUUGUUACGGUGAGGAAUAUCUGUUGUUCAAUGAAAAUUUGUUUUGUUGUGUUGUUGAAGAUCUCUCCAGUGAGAUCCGUGUUGCAAUGGUUUUUGAAAGCUAUGUUGAUAUAGACGGUGUUGUGCAUCGAGCUUGUGAUGACGAGAUCGGGAACUAUGGUUGCUCAACUUUUGUUCUCUAUGAUGAAGAUGUCGAGCCACCAGAUCGGGAACUAUGCGGUAAUUCUUUCCUUCGAAUUAUUCGACAAGAGGGAAUAACAAGCGUAGAUGUCCAUGUCGUUAGCUACAUGACAAAGCAAAAGGUUGCACACACACGCAUGUGCAGUUCAACGAUGGAGUUUCUGAAUCGGGCUUUUAAACAAGAAGACCCAAUAACAAUUCCAUCUUCUUGUCAUUGUGAAGUAUACGAUGGAGACGUAUCUAUCAUAGAUUCCAUUACAUCGCUCUUGGCCGUUGAAGCUUUUGAUACAAACAAUAAGCAUAUGGUAGUUUUCUAUGUGGAAAGUAGCACAGUUAUGAUACUAUUUUCAUGUGAGCUCAUGGGAAANUAUUAUAAGACCAGUAAUUCCAUGCGUAUCCUUAUCAAGAUAUCUAAAGCAUUAAUUCAAGAAACUUGUGAAGGAAGAAAGGUAUGUCAACGGCUUGUAAAGCCUUCUANAACUUAUUUCGACAUUCAACAGCUCCAGUAUUCUAAGGGUGCAUUAAGUGUGUCUAAACACAAAUAUNCUUUUAGUUUGAAGAUCGAUAUGGGAGAUGUGGAUCACAGUAGGAGUAAUGUUCCCCACUUUGUCUUUGAUCACAAACAAAUCUUGUCGAUACNGAGACUAGAGGUGCCACCACCACCUCUCCCCGUCGUUAUUGGUUGCUUUGACGUUAUACUCAUUUUUGGAGCCGUGUUAGAAUUCCAGCGUUCACGCAUUCACCAAUUCCUUGAGCUCUUCUUUCAUGUAAGUGUGGAUACAGGAAAGUACAAGUUUAGUGGCAAAAGGAAUUCUUUGAACGGUGUGAUCUCUNAUGAGGGUCUUUCAAGAAAUAUCGUCAAUGUGCAAGCCUUAAGUNCUAUUGGCCUNGUGGAUAUCUCAAAAAUAUCAGUGAAAGAUUUGAAAGAGUUUGUAAUUCUGGGAGCUGUGUUAAAUGUGUCGUCUUUACACCNUCACUACNUAUUUGCUUUCAUAAAUCAUGGCAAUAUUUUUGUGGCAAGAAGGAAGCACAUGAGGAAAAUCAAUUGGGCUUCUCUUAUGAGCAGUGUUGUGUUUUACGUGGGGUUUUCAUUGCACCUUUGUGAAGUGCAGCUUGUAGUCCAAAAUAUUUCUUGUUUGGUCUCUUUUGCUCGAGGUCUAGUGCAUCCGUUCAGCGGUCAUGCGGUCUUUGUGUUCGUGUUCGCUGGUAGGGACUCGUCUCCUUUUGUACGGCCACCAUUGGUUCCUAUGGCAUUGGUUUCUGUUCUCCAUGCAUUCACAAUUGAGCUCGUGGUGUUCUUUUCAAGCAUCUUGUCCCAAAUUGGGUUGAAACAUGGAGUUUUUAAGGGGCAACUCGAAGCUGUGCAUAUAAUAGAAUUGAAAGUCUUUGACGACGUUACUACAGUUUUUAGGUGGGAUGAAACUGUUUUAGUGUUAAGAAUGCUGGUUGGUGUUGCUUUUUCGAUUGAUAGAAUACCACUUCUUGGAUGCAACAAUGUGUCCACAAGUGUAAUUAAUCUGAUGCUGCUGUUCACGGAAGGCCUCAACUUUUUGUUGUCUCGUGAUCAUACUCCAGUGUGUUUUCGAAUGGUCUACGAGUGCAUUCUCAUGUUUCUACUACGUCCUCGGUUUGACUUGAAUGUUUUGUAG